GAUCAUAUUGUCAUACGAAAGAAGCAGGGUAUGGGUAGGUGCACCUUCUCCUUCCCCUUUCUCUCCAAGCUCACUCUCCUAACUGUGAUAGUAAUAGUUCUCUUGGAUGUCACCGUGACUGUGUCGGGUCUUCCACUCUACACGAAUGGGAGGUGGAUUGUGAACGAAGAUGGGAAGAGAGUGAAGCUAGCAUGUGUAAAUUGGGUGUCCCAUUUGGAUACUCUAGUGGCUGAAGGGUUAAGUCAUCAACCUUUGGAUGUGAUCUCAAAGGGAAUAAAAUCAAAGGGUUUCAACUGUGUUAGACUCACUUGGCCACUUGUAUUGGUCACCAAUGACUCUAUCUCCUCUCUUACGGUGAGACAAUCUUUCAAGAAUCUUGGUCUUGUUCAAUAUAUCAAUGGUAUCCUAGCCAACAACCCCUCCAUCAUCGAUCUUCCCCUCAUCAAAGCUUACCAGGAAGUGGUGAAAAGCCUUGGAGACAACGAGGCAAUGGUGGUUUUGGACAACCACGUGACCCAGCCGGGGUGGUGCUGCAGUAACUCUGACGGAAAUGGGUUCUUUGAGGACCAGUUUUUUGAUCCAGACCUAUGGAUUAUGGGCCUUACCAAGAUGGCCACCAUUUUCAAUGGGGUCACUAAUGUGGUAGGCAUGAGCUUGAGAAAUGAGCUUCGAGGUCCCAAACAAAAUCUCAAUGAUUGGUACAGGUACAUGCAAAAAGGAGCAGAAGCCGUGCAUGCUGCAAACCCGAAUGUUCUUGUCAUUCUCUCAGGCCUAAAUUUUGACACAAACUUAGCAUUCCUUGGGAACCAGCCAGUGAAACUGAGCUUCAAUGGGAAACUAGUAUUCGAGGUGCAUUGGUAUAGUUUCAGUGACGGUGAAGCAUGGAAAUCAGGGAAUCCAAACCAAGUGUGUGGCCAAGUUAGAGGGAACAUGAUGACAAAGUCAUGGUUCUUAUUGGACCAAGGAUGGCCAUUGUUUGUUAGUGAGUUUGGGGUGGACUUGAGAGGUACAAACGUAAACGACAAUAGGUACCUCAAUUGCUUCAUGGCGGUGGCAGCUGAGCUUGACUUUGAUUGGGCCUUGUGGACACUUGUUGGCAGCUAUUACAUUAGACAAGGUGUUAUUGGAAUGAUUGAGUAUUAUGGUCUUCUCAAUUCGGACUGGACCCAGCUUAGGAACAUAACUUUCUUACAAAGGAUCUCUGCCAUUCAACUUCCUUUUCGAGGGCCAGGCUUAUCAGAAGCCAAACCAUAUAAAGUGAUUUUUCAUCCUUUGACGGGUCUCUGCGUCUUAAGAAAGUCACAGGUUGACCCGUUAAGGUUAGGACCCUGUUCUAAUUCUGAGGGCUGGGAAUACACUGCCCAAAACACACUAUCAAUAAAGGGUACAAAUUUGUGUUUACAAGCACAACAGGGAGAAGGGAUGCAAGCAAAACUAGGAAUAACAUGCUCAGAUCCUAACUCAAGAUGGGAAAUGAUAUCUGAUUCGAAGAUGCACCUCUCAUGUAACAACAACAACGGUUCUGGUGUUUGUUUGGAUGUAGACUCUAACAACAUCAUUGUCACCAAUAGUUGCAAAUGCCUCAGCAAAGAUAACACGUGUGACCCUGCAUGCCAAUGGUUCAAGCUUCUUGGAGUGUCUGAACUGAAAAAUAGGAUAGUUCUGCUGUUGAUCUCAAAGCCGGAGCUACUCACCAUGGAAGAAUUACUCUUACUGGUUCAGCAAACAUUUGAUCAUCCUUUGAACGAGGUGUUGAGGGACAGUUAUAAGAUUUUGUGGAUUCCCCUUCCAUCUUCUGUCCAAGUAGGGAGAACACCAAGUUGUGAUCAUGUACUAGCAGAGCUGUCAGCUUUGCUUGACAUGAAUGAUAGAGAGGAAGGUUGGGCAGUGAUUGGAAAUGGGAGUUCAACUGAUGUUUUUAGGCUUCAAGGAAUGCAGGUGAUGGAAUUCUUAAGGUGGUGCCCCAAGAAACUUCCUACCCCCUACUUUUCUUGCAGGGCCUUGCAGUCACUCUUGCUUAGUUCCCUCAAGUAA